CUACAUACUCUUAAAAACAUCAUUUCGUCAUUUAGCAGCUCUCGCUUUUUGUUUCAUUUUAAAAAUGGCAGACGUAGAAAAGGAGCCUGAGAAGACCAUUGCUGAGGAUUUGGUUGUUACCAAAUACAAAUUGGCUGGAGAAAUUGCAAAUAAAACACUGAAAACGGUUAUUGGACUCUGUGUGCCGGAUGCCUCUGUGAGGGAAAUUUGCACCAAGGGCGAUAAUCUGCUGACUGAAGAAACCGGCAAAGUAUACAAAAAGGAAAAGGAACUGAAGAAAGGUAUCGCAUUUCCGACAUGUCUGUCGGUCAACAAUUGUGUCUGUCACUUUUCGCCAGCUAAGAACGAUGCCGACUACACGCUAAAGGCUGGUGAUGUGGUUAAAAUCGAUCUGGGUGCCCACAUCGAUGGCUUCAUUGCUGUGGCUGCGCACACAAUUGUCGUGGGCGCCGGCGCGGAUCAGAAAAUAAGCGGCCGCCAAGCUGAUGUUAUACUGGCCGCGUACUGGUCCGUUCAGGCUGCACUGCGUCUGCUCAAGUCCGGCUCCAGCAAUUACUCAAUCACCGAUGCCGUGCAACAAAUCAGCGAGUCGUACAAGUGUAAGCCCAUUGAGGGCAUGCUUAGUCACGAGCUGAAGCAGUUCAAAAUCGAUGGCGAAAAGACGAUCAUACAGAAUCCGAGCGAGGCACAGCGUAAGGAGCACGAGAAGUGCUCCUUCGAGACGCACGAGGUUUAUGCCAUCGAUGUUAUUGUCAGCAGCGGCGAAGGCGUGGGUCGCGAGAAGGACACAAAGGUCUCCAUUUACAAGAAGUCCGAUGAGAACUACAUGCUUAAGCUAAAGGCAUCGCGUGCGCUGCUCGCUGAGGUGAAAACCAAGUACGGCAACAUGCCCUUCAACAUCCGCAGCUUCGAGGAGGAGACCAAGGCGCGCAUGGGCGUCGUUGAAUGCGUUUCACACAAGAUGAUUGAGCCCUUCCAAGUACUGUACGAGAAGCCUUCUGAGAUUGUGGCACAGUUCAAACACACGGUAUUGCUCAUGCCGAACGGCGUCAAUUUAGUAACCGGUAUACCCUUCAAUGUGGACAGCUAUGUGAGCGAAUACAGCAUUGCGCAACCCGAACUGAAGGAACUGGUCGCACAGCCACUGGGACCUGUUAAGGGCAAGGGCAAAGGCAAGAAGGCGGCUGCCGGCAAUUCUGCUGCGGCGACAAAAGUGGAAUCGGCGCCGGCCGUUGAGACCAAGGCAUAGGCCUCCCGGAUACCAUACAAAAAACGCCCCCUUAAAGCAACAAGAAUGUGAACAAUUGCGCUGCCCACUGCUGCCGCUCUAUAAAUUUUUACUAUAGAAUUCGUUGAUUAGUAAACCAGAAAAUCCAUUUGACAACACAA